GUUGGUUGCUAGGAUUAGUGAGUUGCUAUGAUGGGGAGGCUUUGGGCUGACUUGGGCGGCUUCCUUGCUGCACAGCUGACUCACCUGCUCUGGACCUGCUCUGGCCUGUCUGGCUGCCAGCGUUCCCAGCCCAGCAGACCUUGGCCUAUAUCCUGUGGUCACUCCUCCAGGAGCCCUGGAGCCCAGGGGCUCAGGCUGGGAGAGAAGAAGAAAAGCAGCCUCAGGCCGGUUAUGGGCUGUGCUGACACCUGGGCAGACCCGGGGCCGGUCACAGGGCCUUCCCAGCGCACAGGACACAACCACACUUCACUGACACCUCAAAAGAGCUCCUUCGUAAGACUGUAGUCGGUGUCUACGUCACAGAUGAGGAAAUCGAACUUUGGUCAGGGUAACGUGCGCAAGGCCACCAGCGAGAAAGCCGCAGGGCCAGGACUCAAACGACCCUCUUUGAGGCUAUGUUACCGUACCGGGAGCAGAUGAGACCCAGUCUCUGCCUCUGGACCCUUCCAAGGGCCCUUUCCCAGGGCUGGGAAUGGCCCCUCACUGAUUCUGCUGUGUGCCAGGAGCACACCUAAAUUAGCUCAUUUCAUCCUCAUAGCAGUCUGGAGAGACAGAGGUUGUUCGCUUCAUUUUACAGGUAAGGAUCCGAAGAGGAUUGGAAAAGAAAAUGGAUUGCCCAAGGCUGUACGGGUGGGAAAGGGUAGAUAGAGCCUGUGCGUAGAUGACCUGGGGUUUGUGUUCUGUGUGUGCUCCCCGGGCCUGACACUUCUGAUCGCCACUGGUGCAGGGUGGACACUCUUGCCAGCCAUGGCCAUGUGCCCGCCUGGCCUGGGGCCUGAGAGCCCAGCUCACAGCUCUGCUAGGGGUCUGAACUUCCUAUUUAAAUUCUCUGUUGGCAUGUCAGAAGGGUACUGGGUGAAAGGAGACGCAGUGUCCUGGUCCUCCAGUUCCACCACAGACUGGGUACAGGACCCCAGGCAAGUCCUAUUUCCCUCUGGCUUCUGUCCUGUCAUCAUCAACCGGGGUUGUUUCUGCUGAGCCUCAGCCUAGGACCACUGGGAGGAUCAAAGAUAAUCUUGAGAGAUGAUAUUAGAUAUAGCAUGACCAAAUGACACUGGUGGGGGAUAAAGGAAGAGGAGGGAAGAGAGCUGACCAUGCCCUGUUGGGGACAUACACCCUCAACUCCUUUCUUUACCUAGCACUUCAUACACACACUUCAAUAAUGAGUUUGGAAUUCUCCUCCUCCAGGAAGCCUUCCCUGACCUACCCACCUACGGCUGGGUCAGAGGCCUCCUUCUCUCAUAGGCCUGGCCACACUGUGUGGUCAUUGUUUCUCCCACUAGACUCCCAGGACCAGGACCAGGCAUCCUACAGAGUGUCUGCCCCGAGUGGGGGUCUGGGGAAUGGGGGACAGACGGGCCAGGCCUCCAUCCCUGCGAGCCUUCCCUUCCACACUCUGGCUCUCCUUGCUGGUUCCCACUUUCUCCUUCCCUUCCUGAAAUGGAGAAGGAACCCGGAUGCCCUCUUUGCCCAAGCCGAGCCCUGCCUGUGGGCCCCGGUGUUGCCAUGAGCAUCUAACAGUUAAGAGGCCUUUGGGAGCCUCGCUCUACCAGGCUCGGUGCCGCGCGCUGGGAUAAAGCAAGGAAUCAGAAACGGUUCCUCAACAAAUGACUCUAAGUCCCCAUCAAAAGGAAUCCAUAUUAACCACCAUAAGGGGCCUUUAGAUCUGCGGGGCUCAGCGAAGGAUGCCCCGCAAGGCGGCGGAGAAACCGUGCAGAGCGGAAGGAGACAGGCAGGGGGCGCCACGUGGGCGUAGCGCGCGCGCACUUCUCCGGGAAUCACAGGUCACAAGGCGGGGUUGCCGCGGCAGCGGUGGCCGCCAGCGUCCGCGGGAGGGGUCCCGCGGUGGGAGUCCCGGCCAGCACCUCGCCUGGGGGCGCCCGAGCCAUGGGCACCAAGUGGUUCAGCGGGGCACCCUUCGGGGUGCAGAGCCACAGGUUUGAGGUCUCCGCCAUCUACCCCAAUCAGAAGAAACUCAGCACCUUCACUGAGGCCCCCUACUCCAGGCUUCAUUCUGUGCAGAUGUCCCACAUAGGACCUGGAACCUAUGGCUACCAGGAGACCUGCUUCAGCAAGAAGAAACUCAGCAAGGAGGUGGGCACAGGCUGGGCCAGGACCCAGGAAGCCACCCGGCUGACCCAGCUGCCCCACUUCCAGUACGAGGCCAUCAUGAAAGAGAAGCGGUUGCAGAAGGAGAAGCUGGGGCCCGGCUCCUACAACCUCAAAGACUUCUUAGAACAGCUGCAGCAGAAACCGUGCAGCACCCGGGGGCUGCUCAGCUCGGGGGAGACCCGCUUCCGUGGCCUCGUUGGGAACUACUGUCCAGGCCCUGGAAAUUAUGGGGUGAAGGGUAACCCAUACACAAAGCUGGAGGAGAAAGCCCAGAACCGUUCUCCGGUCCUCAUGUGCAGGAUGACCAGCAGGCCACUCCUCUUGGCUCCUCAGGGGAGUGGUCUGGCACCAGGCACCUACUCCUUCACAAGUGGCAUUGAGACCUGCCUGGCACGAUCCAUGGGCACCCGCGGCCCCUACGACACUUUCUCCGGUGACCGAAGCAAGCCCCAGCCUUAUGGACAUUACUCUGUGCAGAAAAAAAAGCCCAGGGAACUGAUGAAUUUUACGACCUUCGUGGAAGAGCUUAACUCGCGGCACAAUAAGAAGCGUGGGGUUUUUUCGAAAAUUCCUCGCAACCCGGAAACCCCGACGGAGAGGAUUUACUGGGCGACCCUUAGCCAGUGCCCCCGAAAACUAGCCACGUCUGGUCCCGGUUCGUGGCUUCCUCCAAAGAAGGAAUGCAAACACGUCAACCAGCCACCGUUCCUGCUGUCUUCCAAGCGGAUGGGCAUAAAGGCCUACCAGAUGAUUCUGGGAAGCUGGAACCCCGUAGGUGUGGGCCGCUACCUCAACACCUGGCUGAUGGAGAGGAAGGACCAACGGCAGCGGUAUCGGUCCCUGUACCUGGGUGGAUCCAAGCGCUACCCCUCUGACCCGGCCUGGGACAGGGUCAUGCAGGAAAGGAUCACACCUUUUACUAAAGGGAAGUGCCCUCCAACAGUGGAUUACAAUUCAGAUCCUACUCCUUAAAGCUGCAUAUGAAGGACAUCCUGUGAUGACCAGAGGGCCCCAAAAGCCUGAAGACAAAUUUGGGGAUGGGAGGAUAGGAGUGGGAAUCUGGGUUGGGGGGGGCGGGUCUUGGAGAAAGGACACAUGGGAAUGCCUGGAGGGGAAGGAUAUAAUGGGAAUGCUUUUGCUGGAGACAUCUACCUGGAGGUCACAUGGUCUGCUGGGACAGCUGGGGCCAGAUACUUUUUGCUAUGAAAGAUCAGUUAUGCUGAGAAUUCAAACUAGCCAGUGACAUGAACAUGGGAGCCAGACAGCAGAUGGACUAAUGGGGGGGAAUGUGGUUGACACUCUUGGAACCUCUUCUAAAGUCAAAUUGCUUGACUCCCUGAUUAUUAAAAUCCAAAAAGAGGUGGAAAAGUGUAGUAUAUGUCAUAAGACAGCUCUAGGCCCCCUUCUGGUGCUCUCCAUCUCCAUCCCAGGAUGCUUCUGGAAGCUCAGCAGGGCCUAAUGCUACGUAUGAGGAGGCUGCUGGCCUCCAGGCAAGGUGCAGCCAUUGGGAACAAUCGAUUUCACCCUUAGAGUUCAGCCUUGUGAGCACACCAGUCUAGCCUAUAGAUGGAUCUGUGGGGCUGUUCACAAUGUCAUCUUCUUCCCUCACUGUUUUGUGUCAGUGAGAGAUUGUGUAGGAUGGCAGGAGCGUGUUGUCCCUAGAAAAAAAGGAGGCUGGGACACCACUGCCUCAGCCACAAAACUCCACUCUUCAGAGUGUGAGUAUAUUAUAAAAAGCAGUUACUUUCUCAUUUAAGUCAAAAUGACUGGUUUAGAAGAAGUAAAACUGUCUUUAUGCACAGACAUGUUGCCUAUGUGAAAAAAAAAUACUAUGAGUAUUUUGAUGAGCCAAAAUACAUGUGGACGAGAUCUAAUAAGUCAGCUUUGCAAGUUUUCAGGAAAUAAAAUCAACAUAUCAAAACCAAAUAUUUCUCUUUUAAAUUUUUUUAAAUGUUUUUAUUUAUUUUUGAAGGAGAGAGAGAGACAGAGCAUGAAGAGGGGGAGGAGCAGAGAGAGAGAGGGAGACACAGAAUUUGAAGCAGGCUCCAGGCUCUAAGCUGUCAGCACAGAGCCCGACGCAGGGCUCGAACCCACAAACUGUGAGAUCAUGACCUGAGCUGAAGCAAGAUGCUCAACCGACUGAGCCACCCAGGUGCCCCAAAAGCAAAUAUUUCUAUAUAUUAGUUGUUACCAACAAUUGAAAAGCUAAAAUGCCAUUUAUAAUAGUCUCAAAACUAUGAAAUAUUUAGGUAUAAAUUUGACAAAAAACAUACAUAUGUUUACACUGAAAACUAUAAAAUACUGCCAAGAGAAAUUAAAGAAGACUUAAAUAAAGGAGAGCUAUACCAUGUUCAUGGAUCAAAAGACUCAAUAUUGCUAAGAUAUCAGUUCCUCCCAAGUUGAUCUGUAGAUUCAAUGCAAUAUCAGUCAAAAUCUCGGUAAUUGUUUUUAAAUUGACAAACUGAUCCUAAAACAUAUGGAAAUACAAAAGACGUAAAAUAGCCAAAACAACUUGGAAAAAGAGGAACAAAUCUGGGGGAAUAACAUUACCUUAUUCCAUAGUGUGAAAUUGGUGUCAAGAUAGACAGAUGAAAGGAACAGAACAGAGAAUGUAGAAACAGCCCCACACACCAAUGGACAACUGACUUUCAACAAAGGUGCAAAGACAACUCAGUGGAAAAAGAAUGAUCUCAACAGGUGGUGCUGGAAACUGUUGAAUAUCAAUAUGCAAAAAAUAAACUGUGAUCAAUGACUCAAAUCAUAUACAAAAAUUAACUCAAAACAAAUCAAAACCCUAAAUGUGAAACCUUGACUAAUGAAACUUCUCGAAGAAAGCAUAGGAAGAAAAUCUCUGGACUUUGGGUUAGGCAGAAAUUUCUUAGAUGCAAAUUUAACUGUUAUUCUAUAGAGGAUACUUUGGUAUGGUAUGAAUAAAUUGUUAAAUUGUGAAAUUGGACUUAAUUAAAAUUAAAAAAAUUUUGUUUUUUUCAAAGACACUAUUAAGAUAAUGGAA